AAAAAGAUUUUCGGUAUAUUUUAACGGCCCCACUGCGGCCGCACUGAGUUUAUUAACAAAAUAAAAAACAACAAAUUGAUUAGCAAAAUGGUUAGCAGAAACUUAGAAAGCACGAGUAAAGUUCCGACUUUCCAUGUAAUUCGCGAGGUCUAUGACAGUUCUAAUGCCCAUGAAAGAUUCGAGGCGGAACUGGACAAGGCGCUGGAGGCCAAGGUGGACUUCAUCAUUAUAGAGCCACCGCGAUUGGGCGACGAAACUGGUCGUUGGAUUUGGGUGGGGAACUGCCUGCACAAGACUGCGGUGGCCACUGGAGUCGUCUCCCUGGUGGCCAGUUUGCUCUGGCGGGAUCGCCCCAUCAUUGCAGCACCUGCUUGUGCCCUAUCGCUAUUUUGCGCAGGACUCUACACGGUCUCCUGGAACUACGAUCCCUGUUGUCAAUAUCAGGUGGAAAACAACGACACCGUGCUGGAGAAACUCCCUCUAACAGAUGUAUCCUCGCCUGUGAUCCUGGGCUACUCGCCCAACUCCAAAACCAAAUACUUGCACCGCGGCGUGUCCUUCCUCUCGGCCGCCCUUUGCGCAUGGCAAAUCUGGAGGUCCUACAAGUAGGACUUGCGAAAAGGAAUCCCUGAAAUGGGCAGCUGCUGGAUAGGGAAAGUCCAAUGCGGAGACGUAAUACCCAAUAAGUUUAGUCUAGGCACCUAAGCGAAUGCAUUUCUUUUAGAUUUUCGAACGAUUUUAACUAACUGUCUUGUCUUUCGUGAAAAUUUUAAAAUGGUUCCAAGUCCCAGGCCUCGUUUCUGUCCAGUGUCCAGUGUUUAGUGUCCAUGUAAGUGUUUGUGUGGCGGCCACUUGGACUGGCCAGCAUGCUCAUAACUUAUUACGGUUCAAGAAGGCCUAAGUUAGUCUUAAGAGAGGGAGCACAUUCUGCUCCCGAGCCAGCACUGUAAAUUAAGCAAAACCAACUUCUGUGUAUAAAACGAAAACCCAUUUAUGAUUGUUAUUAGCGUCUAGUUGAAGAUAUCAGAAAGCGAAAGGCAAAUAAACGCAAUGCGAAUGUUA